GAUGAGCACUACCAGCGCCGCGGCGGUGACACAACGUUUGGCACCGAAACGACAAACCCUGGAUGAGGCAUAUGCGCCACCGGCAAAUUUCCUGGAAAUUGAAGUGAUCAAUCCCAUCACACAUGGAGUUGGAAAAACACGUUACACUGACUAUGAAAUUAGACUACGAACGAAUUUGCCUGUGUUUAAGAACAAAGAAUCGAGUGUGCGCCGUCGUUAUUCUGAUUUCGAGUGGCUACGAUGUGAACUAGAGCGUGACAGUAAGGUAUGCUUG